AUUCUAUGUGUAGUUGUAGUUCCUGUUUUGACAUUCAAUAACCUACGUGGUGUUUUGAAUUUUUCAUAAUUUGAAUUAAAUCGAUUAUCUUUUAUAUAAAAUGGGAAACAGAAAAAAUAGAGAAGAUAUAUUAGCAAGAGUUAAUUUUCCUCUGUAUGCAGUUCAAAUGUUAUCAAAUAGGCAUGUAAUUGUUGGUGGAGGUGGAGGGUCAUCAAAAACGGGAGUAGCAAAUGGUUUUGAAAUAUUUGAAAUUUCCCACAAUGGAAGAAUAUUCUUAGCAGAAGAAGUGACAAGGCAUGAAACUGGGCCAAGUGUUGUAAUGAAUUUUUCUACAUUCAAAAAUGGCAAACAUACAUUCAUAGUUGCAGGACAGGAAAAUCAUUGCCAACUGUAUAGUGUUGAUAGUGUUAUAAUAAAAGAAGAUGUAGUUAAUGCAGGUAGUGAAAAUGGCUUAGAGUUGAGGGAACGUAAACCCAAAUCUAAACUGAAAACAGACAACAAUAAAAACUCCAAAAAGUUAAAAUUUGUGAUAAAACCUUCUGACAGUGUACAAAGUGACUUCAGUGGUGAAGAACCUUUACUGAGAGUUAUCAGGAUUCACCCUAGUGGACAGCUCUUAGCUACAGGAGGAACUGAUUGUCAAGUACGCCUAUGGAAAUUUCCAAAAUUAGAGCCAACUAAAGUUCUUCAGGGCCAUACAAAAGAGAUAGAUGAUAUGGAUUUCAGCUCCUUGAAUAACCAUCUUAUAACUAUUGCUAAAGAUGGACUUGCCAUUGUAUGGGAUUGCGUGAAAGCAAAAGAAAUAACUAAAUUAAAAUGGCAACAACCUGAAGGAUCUAAGUACCUUUUCAAGAGAUGUAGGUUUGGAAAAAUUGAAGACACAGAUUCUUGUGCUGUGUACACAUUAUCUAAUCCCACUGGACUUGCCAAAAAACAAAAAUCAUUUCUACAGAAAUGGAUUCCUGAAUCUGGUGAAUUGAUAAAUGUAUGUACAUUUGAUGAAAGUCUCUCAGCUCUAGCUGUUAGAGAUGAUGGAAGAUUUGUUGCUGUUGGGAGUAUGUUUAGUGGAUCCGUUUCUAUUCAUGCAAGUUUCAGUUUGCAGAAAGUUUUGAAUGUUCCUGGGGCGCAUUCUAUGUUUGUGACAGGCCUUGAAUUUCUACCUGUAAAUUCAGAUUUGACUACAGUUACCAGUAAUGCUGAAGCUGCUGUACUGUCCAUAUCAGUGGAUAAUCAUUUAUGUAUCCACACUCUAAAUUAUAGAAAAACCAUUCCUGUCUGGUUCGCCAUUGUGAUACUUGUUGCUGCUAUUUUUCUCACUUUUAUAUUAUGUUCAUAUUUAGGUAUAUAAUUGAAUACUCAGAUUUUUGUAUAUAAAAAGGUUGUAAAGUUAUAGUAGUAUAGUGUAUUGUUUUUAAUUCAAUGGGUAAUCAAUUCGAAAUUUUGUAUUACAUGGAACAAGCUUAUUGCAUAUUGUUUUUUUAAGAUCACCGGUAAUAAAAUCUAUGAGUUCA